CAAGACGAGACAGAAAAACGGCGAGCGUUGCAAAAAUUAAUCAGAAUUAAUGAUUCAGUUUAUUGUCGUGUUCGUAGAAGCUAGCUGCAGAACUUCUAUAUAUUUAACUCGAAUUUAUCUGUUACUGCGAUGCACGCGCGUGCAAACGGAAUAAAGUCGUAAAUAACUUAAAGGCAUUAGCUGGCUGGCUAGCGCGCUGACGCCUGCUGUGCUAGCUAGCUAGCUCCCAUUUUGUUAAUCUUGCAGAAUUAAAACAAAAAGAAAAAACAGGUCAGACAAGACGCAAGCCAGGCGGUGACCUUACGGAACACACCUAUACUGCCCUGAAACACUCGCUCAGAUCCAUGUUCACUCACAGUGUGUGUGUCUUAUAUAAUAACCGUCACUUUUUCUGUCCUCUUUAUUAUUAUUUUUUUUUCCUCAAGCUUUUAUAGUCAGUGUUUGGCAGCUAUCAGUUCACUGAUAUAGAGCUCAGAGUAGCAACACACACAGCGUCACACAGCAAAACUGCACCUGCUGUCUCGCUUGCCCCGCUGAGAGCAGAACCUUCGAGCCCUGAGGACGAGGAGAACAUGACUGCUGAGGCACUUACCUUCGGUCCAGAAUGGCUCCGUGCACUAUCCAGAGGAGGGAGCAUCACGUCCCCUCCUCCUUCCCCAGCAAUGCCAAAGUCCAAGCUGGCCGAGUAUCGCUACGGCCGCGAGGAGAUGUUAGCACUUUACGUCAAAGAUAACAAGGUCCCUGAGGACAUGCAGGAUAAGGAGUUUGCUGCCAUCCUGCAGGACGAGCCGCAGCAGCCCCUGGCUCUGGUGUCUCUCACCGAGGAGGAGCAGAGGAACUUUUCCAUGUCGGUGAACAGCGUGGCCGUGCUGAGGCUCAUGGGUAAAGGGGGUGGGCCUGCUCCGGUGGGCGUGUCUCGAAAUCGAGGGAGCGCUAGAGGAGGACGAGGGAGAGGAAGAGGAGAAGGAGGGUUCUACCAAAGAGGCGUGGACGAGGAGGUCGGGUUCGGACGCAGCCGGGAGGUGCACCGCAGCCAAAGCUGGGACGACAGAGGCGAGCGUCGUUUUGAGAAGCCGCUUAGGAGAGAGGGAGGACGCGGAGGGUUCGAGGACGGAGGGACGGGACGGAAGGAUUACAAUCGCUCCGACAGCGAGAACUGGCGCACGCUCCGGGAGGAGCAGGACGAGGAGGAAGCGGCGGCGGCAGCAGCGGCGGCGGCGGCGGCAGCAUCAACUACAGGAGGAGGAGGAGGCAGCGGAGAGGCAGGCGGGAGCUGGAGAGUGGCCGGGAUGAGGCGUGAUGACGGAGGCCCGCGCUCGGCCGGAUGGAGAGACCACGGAAGCUCAGACGCGCGACGCAGGAAGUUCGACUUCGAUUUCCGGGACGGCGACGGGGUCCGGCGGAGAGCAGGGAGCGAGGGAGGCGAGGAGGACAGAGACGGGCUGCCAGAGUGGUGCACUGAUGAAGAGGACGGGGAGAUGGGCACCUUCGACUCGUCUGGAUUGUUCAUGUGUGGCAAGAAGACAUCGAGAGAUGCGAUCCCUGAAGACCAGGAGCUGGAGUUCGAGGCUCUGGAGGAGGAUGACGAGGUCGAGCAGGAGAGAAAGGACGGCUCUGCUGAGAAAGCGGAGGACAUUGAAGCGCCUGGAGCGUCUGAUGGUGGAGAGAUAAAAACUACUACUAAUACUAUUAUUAUUAAUACUACUACUACUACUUCUCCUCCUCCUGCCCUCGCCGCUUCGGGCUCUACUCUCAGCUUAGAACAGGAAGCACACCCACCUCCUGCUGCUCCGCCCACAAAGUUCAGCCUCCAGAUUAACGAAGAUGCAGCUCCAGCUGGGGGCAGCACUCAGCCGUCUCAGAGCUCUCCUCCUGCCAAGUCUUCCUCUCCUCCCCUCACAGCCACUGAUCUCCUUCCACCAGGGGGCGACACUGAGGAGGAGGACGGCAUGACACACAUGCAGCAGGAGGCGGAGAAGAUGGUGGCGUCCCUUCAAGACACGUCUCUGGAGGAGGAACGUUUCACGCAGGCGCUGCAGGAGAGCCACGGAGCUGCUGUCACUCGCACACACUCUCACCCCAACGCGCACACACACUCCCACCCCAACACACACAGCCUGCCUCACUCGGCCGGAGCCCUGCCGCUCACUCACGAGUCGGCCAUGAAGUGGUUCUACAAAGACCCUCAGGGCGAGAUCCAAGGCCCGUUCAGUCCAGUGGAGAUGUGUGAGUGGUUCCAGGCCGGGUAUUUCACCAUGACCCUGCUGGUGAAGAGAGGAUGUGACGAGGGCUUCCAGCCCCUGGGGGACGUCAUAAAGAUGUGGGGACGCGUGCCUUUCUCCCCGGGACCCUCACCUCCACCCCUGCUGGGUAACAUGGACCAGGAGAUGUUGAAGAAGCAGUUGGAGCAGGCAGCCUCCCAGGCUCUUUACCAGCAGCUCCAAAUGAGGUUCCAGCACAUAAACAGGUGUGGUGAAACAGGAAUAAUGAACCGGUCAGUGCCAGAAGCCUGGGACAUUCAUACCUCAUCCUCACAGACACCAGGUGCUGAGGUCAGUCUGUGGGAUUUGACCAUGACUAACUCACCUCAGGGUCCAACUCUUGAGCAGCUGCAGAAACUCCAGCAGGAGAGGCGUGAAGCUGAACUCAGGGUGAAGCGGGAGGAUGAGGAGCGGAAGCGUCGGGAGGAGAAGAGGAGGCAGCAGCAGGAGGAGCAGAAGAGGAGGGAGGAGGAGGAGCUGUACAGGCGCAAACGGGAACAGCAAUGUCGUCAGCAGGAGCUCCUGUUGAAGCUCCUCCAGCAGAGUCAGCAGCAGCAGCAGCAGCGUGAGCGUGAGCGCGAGGUUCAGGGAGGAGCAGGGUGGAGCUCGGCCCAGGCGGGGACGCUCUCUCUGGGGAAAGCUCAGGGAAAGAACCUCGGGCUGCUGGAGCAGCAACAGCAGAGGGCACAGCAGCAGAGGCUGACGAUGGGGCAGUGGAGUGACAGCUCGGUGGGAAUGUGGACAGGGAUGGAGGGGAAGAUGAGCGGCUCUGGCUCCGGCAGCGGGAGCAGCAUGGGCAUCUGGGACGAGGUGGUGAAAAACCAGGUCAACCAUCGUAACAUGGGCAUGAAGCACAGCAUGAGUACCCCCUCCUUCAGCAGCAGUGAGCAGUACAUGCUGAACCGUCGGAAGCGGACGGAGGAAGAGGACCGGCUGCUGAAGCUGUUACAGAGCAUGAAGCCUCAGCAGGACGGAUUUACCACGUGGUGCGAACAAAUGCUGCACGCUCUUAACACCCCAGCCAACAACUCAUCCUCAUCUUUUGAUGUGCCCUCCAUCGUGGCGUAUCUAAAGGAAGUGGAGUCACCAUACGAGGUUCAUGACUUCAUCCGCUCGUACCUGGGCGACACGGUCGAAGCCAAAGAGUUCGCCAAGCAGUUCCUGGAGCGCCGUGCCAAGCAGAAAGCCAACCAGCAGAGACAGCAGCAGCAGCUGUGUAAGGAGAUCGCCGGGCUGAAUAUGAAUUUCCCCUUACAGUCUGUGUUCCAGACGAGCCACAUGAGUAAAAGUGGCAGCCUGUACGACAGCCAGGGCGGGAAAAUGAAGAAGAAGCCCAGCAUGAUGCUUCACUCUGAUCCCAGCAUCCUGAGUUACUCGUUUUUGGGCUCGAGCGAGCGCAUGAUGCUGGGCGAGAUGGAGGCGGUGGAGGAUUAUUGAUCCAGCAGAACCUUACUUGAGUCUACCUGAGGCCUUAACCUGGAGCAAACUAGCAGAUGAAUGUGCACCGCUCUCUCUCUCUCUCUCUCUUUCUCUCGCUCACUCUCGCUCUCACUUCAUCCAUCUCUCAGAUGAGGAUGGAGAGAGGACGAGUGGAGCGGUGAGCGGACGGAGAGACAGAGGGAGCUCUCACACCUCUGUGUCUAAGCACCUUAACUAAGCUCUUGCACUUUAUCACAGACAGAGUUUCAAUAUUUCAGAUUGAGUUUUUGUCUUUUUUUUUCUUUUUUUCCAUUUGAGAAAACGUGUGAAUAUAUGGUUACAUAUAUUAUGUAUAGAACAGUUUGUAUACAAACGUGAAUGCGUGUGUGUGUGUUUAUGCGCGUGCGCGCAUUUGUGAAAUAGCCAGAUCGGAGUGUGACGAUGCACUCUCGAAAGACAAACACUGUCGUAUUAUUUUGUUGUAUUUUUUUGUUUGUUUGUUUCGUUUUCAAAUGAAAGCUAUAAAAUUUAAAAACUUGAACAUUUGCACUUGUUUAAGAAAAAUUAAAAAGUGUUUAAAAAAAAACAAAAAAAAAGGAAAAAACAAAUAUUAGAUAAGUUUGAUUAUUUUUUUUUUUUGGAUUGCGUGUGAGCGAUUUGAAGAAAAGUCUGCACAAAGAACUUUAUUACUGAGAUGUUUAAAGGAAACGCCAUGUUUUUAUUUUGUUCAAGAAAAUUUUUUGUAUUUUGACAAAGUGUGUAUAAGAAAGAAAGAGACGUACGAGUGUCCUAACCUGAUUCUCACUUGUUCGUAGGUUCUUAACGAGACAGAGACAGCAAGACUGUGUGUGUGUCGGGUCUGUGGUGCUGUAUAGACUCCCCCUCCCCUCCCCCCCUCAGUUUUUUUUUUGAGGAUGAUUGAUAUUUGGGCCUCGUUCCAAUCCCUAACACACCCUUGUCGACUUCUCGGCGGUCGCCAGCUCAGCGAGUGUGUGAUCAGGGGUGUGUGUACACGGUACAUGCUAGCUGUUUUUUGUUUGUUUUGUUUGUUUGUUUUACUCUGCUGUUAUUAGGCAGAACCCUCAGACAGCGCGGCGUAACCGUAACAUUUCAGUACUCUAACACGUUGGGAUUUGUUUCUCCAGGUUCCUCGGCUCGCUAGAGAAUUAGCACGCUAGAAAAUUAGCAAGGUGCUUUUGCGCGGUCAAGUGGUGGAGUGCACACUUGGAAUGAAUGAACGAAUGAGUGAACAGUGUUGAAGCGUUAAAAGUGUAGCUUUUUGUUCUUUUUAAAACACCACAAAACUGUGUAACGUUAUUUCUCCCUAUUUCGGGGGACCACAUGUGAACUAAAUGCCUUUUGAGAGAGAGAGAGAGUGUGUGUGUGUGUGUGUGUGUGUGUGUGUGUGUGUG